GAAUUUACCACGGCGAUAACAAUCUUUGCCUUUUCAGAAAUUGGGGGGUUCAAGAUGGGCUGCACAAAUAUCGAGGCUGGUCCCCCCCGGGAUAGCUGCGGACAACGCCGCUGCAACAGAAGUUUGGCCCUGCAGUCGUACUGAACGCAGUUGAAGUAUCCGCAAUCAUGCCGAAUAUGGAGAAAGAGCCCGUCGCUGAAGAUGUUGCGGACAUUGAAGUGGACGGCUCAGAAAAGGCCCCGGCACAAAAGACGACCAAGGAUGGCAUUUUGCUGGUUCCUCAGCCCAGCGAUGAUCCUGAGCAGCCCUUGAACUGGUCCUGGCGGAAGAAGCAUCUUGCUCUCGUCGUCCUCAUUCUGGAAACGUUCAUGGUCAAGUACACGGCAACCUUCAUUGCCCCAGGAGCACACACUCUCGCUGCAGAUUUCCACACGACCGCAGUCAAGGGCACCUACCUCGCCUCGGCUACGUCAAUUGUCCCAGCCGUGGCUCCGUUGAUAUGGAUCCCGCUCUCGCAACGGAUUGGACGCCGUCCAGUGCUCUUGAUGGGAACGCUGUUCUCUAUGCUGUUCAACAUCGGCCUGGCGCGAUCACAAACCUACGCGCAAGCUCUGAUUUGCAGAUUGUUUGGCUACGGAACUGCCAGUGCAGGUCUCUGCAUCACUCCAGCUGCCAUCAGUGACAUGUUCUUCUUCCACGAGAAGGGUACUAGGAUGGGCUUGAACGCCUAUCUCAUGGUCGUUGCCCCCUAUUUGGGAGGUGUCACAGGCGGAUCUAUACAAUACAACCCACACUUGGGAUGGAGAUGGGCCAUGUACAUCGCCGCGAUCAUGUACGCCUUCCUCUUCGUGGCCAUCUUUUUAUGCGUGCCAGAGACGAUUUGGGAACCAAAAGCACAAGGCUCGUCGCAAGAACCGGAGAAGAAGUCGUUCUACAAGAAGCUCGGCUUCCGCACCCCAAAUCCAAAGGAGUCGUGGGCAGCCACGUUUGGCCGUCCCUACCCGAUGUUCGCCUACCCUGCCGUCCUCCUUCCCUCGCUGUGGUUCUCCGUCUGUUACAUGUCCGAAGUCGCCAAUACUGCUGGCUUCCCUCUCCGCUUUGGAAAGGGCUCUAAAUACAACUUCAACACGCAGCAAGUUGGGUUCUGUUCGUUUUCCGGCUUCAUCGGCUGCUCGCUGGCUGAAUGGACCGCCGGACCGGUCUUGGAUUUCAUCGCAAAGCGUCAUCUGCGCAAGGGCAAGGUAUGGAGACCCGAAGUGCUGCUCAAGGUGUGCUGGACCGGCGUCGUCACCAUUCCCGCGGGCCUGCUGCUCUACGGCCUUAUGCUCAACUAUUCCGAUUCGUGGGUGGGAACGCUAGCUGGCAUCUCAAUCUACGCCUUCGGCCAAGAAGUCUUGGUGACGGUGAUCAUGACAUACAUGUGCGAUUGCUAUCCUAAACACGCAAGCGAAGUCGCGAUCGUGUUCCAGUUCACUCUGAAUGUCAUGGCUUACCACCCCCCCUUUUACACUCCGCUGUGGAUCGAGGCAACCAGUCCUAAAGUUCCAUACAUUGUUUAUGCUGUCUUGCCCUUGGUCCUGUUCCCAGUCUGCAUUGGAGUCAUCAUGUGGAAGGGACCUGAAAUCAGACGCAAGGGGCCCUGGGGCAAAGUUAUUUACAAGGACGAUGAAAUGGAAGAGGACAGAGUUCUGCAGUAACUGAUGCGCGUGUGGUCCUGUCUUUCAAGAACUCCGACUAAUCUGACGUUCAUAUAUUUGGAGGACAACGUAAAUGUUUAAGUGUAUUUGAAGAAAUGAAUGUACGAUCAUCAUACAAUAUCUUCAACUGCAGUAAUUGACACUUUUUGAUUUGGCGUGUAAGAGC